AUGGGUCAAUUGACCAACAACUCUGCCAGUAAAUUGCUCCUGGAACUAUUCGAAGAAUUGAAUCUGGGGCUGAAGUUUUCCAAUGGCCAAUUACUGCUGGUCGAUUACUACACGGCUCAUUACAAUGAUUUUAUGUCGAACGUUGAUCAGAAUAUGACUGAACUCCAGCGAAAAUCGGUCAAUGCCGAGUCCAAGAAAUUGCAAGAGUAUGUCGCGACGGUGGGUGGCGCCAGAUUUGUCACCGAUACCGUGAAUAUCUUGAUGGGAGACCCUAAAGUCACCGAUGAUCCUGGUGACAAACCAUUUUACGACCGUCUGAAUUCAAACAAGAUAAUCGACGAGAACGGGGCUCUGUGGUUUAUGUUGCCCAUCAAAGGUGGCGAAUUGGUUUUGGUCAAUGGCACCGGUUGGACCCAUCGAAAACGGGUGCGCACCGACUACAUGUCACACUUUGCCAAUAUCGAUCUUCCCGAUGAUGAUUUCGACCGUUGCACGGAGUUGAGAAAAUUUACUUCUCAAUGGAUGUGCAAAAACGAAGCCAUGACCGACUUUCUGUUGGCUUUGGGAGGAAUGGCACUGUUCGGCUAUCGUGAUGAACAACGGUUUUGGAUUAUUGUCGGCAAAGGUGCUGGCGUGACCUACCAGUCAAAAGGCCUCAAGGUUACGUCCAUUAUCUCUUGA